AUAUAAAUCAUUUUCUCUUUUUUUCUUCUCUACUGAUGUUCUUUCUAGUUGUGUCAGUUUAGUAACCAAAUGACAUUAUUAAAGUAACCCUUAAUAAAGGUUAUUAAGUCCUGAUGAGUUUCAUCUUUCUGAAACCACAGAUGAACACGUGUAGGUUGGCAAUUAACAUGUGACAGUGAGAGGUCCUCAAAUGAGAACUACUGAGAAAAAUGAAAAGAAAAAAAAAAAAGGGCAGAUCUCAAUCAGCAGUACAGGAAAUUAUGUCAGUCGUCAUGGUUACAAAAGCAGGCUGGAAACAGUAUUUCAUCAGUUGGGGUGUGUUAGAAAACGUGGCUAAUGCUGGACCAGGAGGUGCCACUUUUGACACUGCCAUGAUCAGACCACUUGACAUAACAAAAACACAAAAACUGGGGCAAAAGAAAGUGUUGAUUUCAUAACUGACUGUAUGAAGAUGGUAGCAGCUACAAACUCAACUCACAAUGACUCUGACAUUUGUACCAAUCUGUACGACCAUCGUAGUUGGGCACAGUAUUUCCUGCCGGCAAUAUAUUCUUUGAUUUGCAUUGUGGGACUGCUGGGCAAUGUGUUGGCUUUGCAUGUCAUUUGGCCUAAUUUAAAAAAAAUCAACUCCACAACACUGUACUCAGCCAACCUGGUGGUGUCAGACAUCUUGUUUUCGUUCGCUCUGCCCUUGCGUGUGGUUUACUAUGCUAUGGGAUUUCACUGGCCAAUGGGGGAGGGUUUAUGCAAGGCUGUGGCGCUGCUGUUCUACAUCAACAUGUACGCCGGCGUCAACUUCAUGACUUGUUUGAGCGUGGACCGUUUCAUUGCGGUGGUGCUGCCGCUGCGCUUCUCCCGCUUCCGGAAGGUUCAGAAGGUGAAGUACAUCUGUGUGGCCGUAUGGAUCGUGGUGUUGAUGCAGACGCUGCCUUUGCUGUCAAUGCCCAUGACGAACAACGAGCAAAGUGGUCACAUAACAUGUAUGGAGUAUCCCAACUUCGAGAAAAUCGACAACCUGCCCGUCAUGCUCAUCGGUGCCGUGUUGCUCGGCUUCGGCCUCCCUGUGAUCACCAUCCUGGUGUGCUAUUCGGCACUGUGCUCCAAGCUCCGCCUCCUGGCCAGGUCCAAUAAACUGACAGAGAAGUCGGGUCGCAGUCGCAAGGCCAUCGGCGUGAUUUGCACGGUCAUUCUCGUGUUCGUGGUGUGCUACAGUCCAUAUCACAUCGACCUCCUGCAGUACAUGAUCAGAAAGCUGCGGUACAAGCCAGACUGCUCAGAACUGCACGACUUUCAGAUCUCCCUUCACAUCACCGUCUGCAUGAUGAAUCUCAAUUCAUGCCUCGACCCUUUCAUCUACUUCUUCGCCUGCAAAGGAUACAAAAAGGUACUCAGACUGCUCAAACAGCAAGUCAGCAUGUCCUUCUCAAGCGUGGUCAGGACCUCUCCUGAAGGCUCCUCCAAAGACGUGUUUGGCAACGACAAAAUCCAAAUGAGCUCCAGAAGCACUCAGAGAGAGAGGAGCAGUGUGCUAUUGAGCGACUAAUGGCAACAAUGUUUUUGAACUAUAAACAAGAACAAGAAAUGCAGUGACUGUAUGAGACUCACAACAAGAACAACAAAGACAAAUUUCUUACCUCUGGAUUAUUUUACGUUUCAAGCUAUUGGUUCUCAGUUAGUAGUUCAUAUUUUCUGAUGCUGUUCAAAGAUUAUUGCACAUUUGUCUUAGUUCAUUUAAAUGAUAGAAUUUGUUCUGGAGUUUUUUAAUUGAUCUUUUGAAUAAUAAAGAGCUGAAAUGACAAAAACA